AUCUAGGGGAGUUUGACAACGUGACUCUGAUGGACAACACAACCAACUGUCUGUCUAUCGAUGACUUCCGUAACCAGGUGUACUCUACGGUGUACUCUAUCAUCACGGUGUUCGGCCUGGCCGGUAAUGGUUUCGCCCUGYUGGUUCUGGUUAAAACGUUCCGUCAGCGUUCUGCGUUCCACAUCUACAUGUUGAACCUGGCCGUGUCCGACCUGCUGUGUGUCUCCACGCUGCCGCUACGGGUCCUCUACUACGUUAAUAAGGGUCAGUGGAACCUGGGAGACUUCCUGUGCAGGGUUUCGUCCUAUGCCCUCUACGUGAACCUCUACUGCAGCGUGUUCUUCAUGACCGCCAUGUCCGUCACACGCUUCCUCGCCAUCGUGUUUCCCGUGCAGAACCUGCGCCUGGUCUCAGAGCGUCGCGCCCGUCUGGUGUGUGUCUGUAUCUGGGUGUUCAUCUGCACUGUCUCCUCCCCCUUCCUCAUGACUGGUCAGCAUCUCGACCCAGCCACCAAUAAGACCAAGUGCUUCGAGCCUCCAGAGCGCAGCACAGGGGGCGGGCUUAGCAAGCUCAUCAUGCUCAACUACUUCUCAUUGGCCGUGGGCUUCGUGCUUCCUUUCUUGGUCAUCCUGCUGUGCUAUGCCGGGAUUAUCCGGGCCCUGCUGUCACGGAAACACACUGCGCAGCGCCAGAAGGGGGCAGGGUCUAAGGCCAUCAGAAUGAUUGUCAUAGUGAUGCUGGCAUUCCUACUGUGCUUCAUGCCGUACCACGUCCAACGCUCCAUCCACCUCAGCUUUCUGUCCCAGACUGCCACUUCCUGUUCGGAGCUGGUGUACAUGCAGAAGAGUGUGGUGGUGACACUCUGUCUGGCUGCCUCCAACUCCUGCUUCGACCCCCUGCUCUAUUUCUUCUCUGGAGAGGGCUUCAGACGACGCCUGUCAACUUCAGGUCACUAG